AUGAGCUUAGAAGUGCGCGUAUCCGGUGGUGGAUCAUCGCGCUCGGUAUCCGUCAGUUCCAACCUCAAAUUGGCAGAUCGUUGGCAUUACGACUCCAGUCCACCGAUACCGGAUCAGAGUGACCACCAUCCAUAUCUCAUUCUAGACACCAAACUUCGUCCCAGAGCAGGCACUCGCGGGAAACACUCGACCCCGGUGCCUCAUGUGUUGGCCAAGAAUCGAAGAGUAUCUAAAAUCAAAAUUCAGCCUUGGCAAGCUGAGCGGGUCGGCGACAGCUCGCCGGGAACCUAUGAGGCAGAUGCGAGCCAGCCGAAUACCAAAAAUGCCAAUCGAUCCCACGAUAUAUUUAGAGGCCCCAAUACACUUGAUAUUUCGAUACCCAGAGUGGGCCCUUCUUCCGAGAUAGGUUUCCUUAAGCGGAAGAACGACCUGCUGAAACGGGAGAACGAUCUCCUAAACAUGCACCGUGACCGGAAGAUGGCAGCUUUGCAGGAAGAUGUGAGGAAACUCCAGGAAGCUAAUAGAGAACUCAACACAAUGCUGGGCUACUAUAGAGAUAUGAAGAGAGCCAGAUCUCACGAAUCAGGAGAUUUAUCAGAUGAGGUGAAAGAGUUGACUGCAAAACUCAAGCAGAGGGACGAGCAGAUCGACGGAAAAAUUCAUCAGAUCGCAGCGCUUGACGAACAGCUUAGCGCUCAAGAAAGACUUUAUAGAACUCUCGAGGAUAUGAAGUUUGAUUUUACUUGUUCUUCAAACUUUGCAAAAGGAUUGGCCGAGCUUGAACGAGGGACACGCCGUAUGGGAAGCUUUCUUGCGCAAUGCCUAGCAAAUCAUGAAAUCCAAAAGCUACGCAAAAAGCCACGAAGAAAAAAAGAGCUCGGCAGUUUUAUCAAGGGUAUACUUGGGAAAAUAAGCCUCUUGGUCUCGAGUCCAAUCGCCGCGAUGCGUGCAUUAAUAUUUGGUUUUGUGCGCGAUCGAAUCUUCUUUUCAGACUGCUGGACAGCUUUGCAUUUUGAGGGCUAUAUGCUGCGGGAACUACAGCGAAUUAUUCAAAAGGCGGCCCCUCCUGGCACUUUGGAAUCACUUCACAAAGUCUCUCUUGAGACAAUGCUCAACAACAACCACCAGUUUGAGCAUUGUUGGAUCCAAAAAGAAGUGGACGAUACUCAGUCUCACUUUCUGGAGCUAAUUGGCCCAUUGCUAGAUCUUCAGGAGCUCGAAGAUAUCAAAGACCAGAUCAACAGAGACUUGGGGAUCAUUUUCACAGAUGCUUUCAAAGCCCGCGCUCGGUUUGUGCCACCUAGGGGGGUUAGAUAUGAGCUAAUACAGUUCAAACCCGGCGAUAAGUUUGAUCCUGCUUACAUGCAGGUACAAGGGGCUACAUCAACAGCAAUCCAUGUCCCCUCCAAUGGAAGUGUCUACCGGAUUAAAGCAUGCAUCCACGGUUGUCUAGUUGAACAUUCAGUCAAGAAAGAGCCUUCUGAUGCCGAAAAACUCCUAGUACUGAGUCAACCUUUAAUUGCUGAUGAUGAGGGCUUCGAUAUUACAGACAGAGGAAUUCUGAAGAGUGAUAAGGCAAUCGUUAUCUUGGAGGACGAAACUGUACCAUAA